AUGAAGCACGGCCAAAGACGGAACUACGCGUUCCGACAGAGCCCGCGCGUCCCCGCUGCGGUUUCCCGGGGGUCGAUGGGAGUCGGAGUUCCGUGGCCCAGAGCAACCGGAAGAGGCUCCGGCUCCCGGCAGGCAGCGCGAAGAGGCGGGGACCUGGUCGCCCUCGCGGCCCCACCUGUCACCGGGUGGGGCAGCGGCAGGGGUGAGUCUUGGCGUGACUCCGUGCUGGGCCUCCGAUCCAGAGCCUUUCAGCCCUCGGGGGCGGUCCACUCUGUCCUGGUCUGUGGGACUUCACCACACCACUUUGGCAUAACACGUCCAAGACGAUACCCAAUCCAGCAGGGCCGGUAUUCCUGUGUGCUUGCCACGCUGUGCCGGAAUGGCGGUCACAGGAAGCGUGUGCUGUCUCGUGGUAGUUCCAGAGUGGUGUGCAGGCCUUCGACAGUGAGGAUCGCUCCUCCCGGGAGCAACCUGGCUCGUUUUCCAAUAGCAGCGCAGAUCCCUAAGGCCCCAGACCCGUGGUCAAAGGAGGCUGUUCUGCUUGCCCUCGAACGUUGGAAGAGGAAGAAAAGGACAGUGGAGGAGGAGGAAGACCAAAUAUCUGCUGCUGGUCAGGAGGACAAAAGAAGGUGCCAUGACAGCAGUGGGAGUGGCCAUUCAGCUUUUAAGCCCGAGGUGGCCAACGGAGUCCCUGCUGCUUUUGUGCCUGAGCCUGGGCCUCUGAAGAGAGGCCUCAGUUCCCCGAGCUCAGAUGGUGAGCUGCGUAAGAGAACCUGCACCCCUGCUGUGAGCUGCUCGAAGGGCACGUGCACAUGUGGCAUCCGUAUGUCCAGGCGCAAUGCCAUUACCAGUUCCUACACUUCUACUGGAGGCAUCUCUCAGCUCUGGAAGAGGUGUCCCAGUGCCUCACCCUUCUCCAGCCCAGCCUCGUCCCUCUCACAGACACGAGAGAGUCCAGAAAAGAAAAUGAGAGAAGAGGACGGUCCUCAGGGAUCUGGCUCUUCCGCUCCACCAGUAAACAAGGAGUCCCAGGGAGAACAGGCCACCACCUCGGACUUUGAAUCUACGACCCAGACCACCAUCAGCGGUGGCAGCACACCCUCAUCCCACGUCACAUCCGGGGUGUCAGCAGGCCCCGCUGGCACUGGGGACUUUGGGAUGAGCGUGUCAGCCCCCCACAGCAGCUCCACCCCUGGGGUGAGAUUUGGAAUGGGCUCGGUCUGCAGAGCCAAGGUGCUGUUUUAA